CGUAGCGUUCCGUCCGCUGUUUGCCUCAGGUACCCGAUCCCAAGAUGGCGGCGCCCAGCGGAAGGAGGGACGGUGGCGGAGUUGCAAGCUUGUGGGCCACGCUGCUUCUGGUGGCUGUGGCGCUGAGGCCAGCAGAAGCGGUGUCCGAGCCCACAACCGUGGCAUUUGACGUGCGGCCCGGCGGCGUUGUGCACACCUUCUCCCAGAACGUGGGCCCUGGGGACAAAUAUACCUGUGUAUUCACCUAUGCUUCUCAAGGAGGGACCAACGAGAAGUGGCAGAUGAGUCUGGGGACCAGCGAAGACCACCAGCACUUCACUUGCACCAUCUGGAGGCCCCAGGGCAAGUCCUACCUGUACUUCACACAGUUCAAGGCGGAGGUGCGCGGUGCCGAGAUUGAGUACGGCAUGGCUUAUUCUAAAGCUGCGUUUGAAAGAGAGAGUGACGUUCCCCUGAAAAACGAAGAAUUUGAAGUGACCAAAACAGCAGUGUCCCACAGGCCCGGGGCGUUCAAGGCCGAGCUGUCCAAGCUGGUGAUCGUGGCCAAGGCGUCCCGCAGUGAGCUGUGACCAGCAGCCCCCCGGAGGGCAGCUUUCCCUCAUCUCUACUAAAGGAGCCGUGCCCUGCGAGGGCCAGCGCAUUACCGGUCUCCUAGAGGACACUGAGGGAUUUCUGCCCUGGCGAUGUUGCCCUGCCUGGAGGGGCUCACAGGGUGAUGAGACCCUGGGACAGAGUCCGGGGCCAGGAGGUGUUGGGCCUGCCGGGCCCCGCCCCCAGCCCCCUCCACUCACCCUUGCUCCUCUGAACUCCGCAGAGUGCAGGUCCCAGCCCUGCUGCUGGUUGUGACAGGAGAGACAUCAGCACAAGGGGGUGGGGGGUGGGGGGGUCACAGCGUUUCUGAAGCCCGUGUCUCCCCUUGGGCACAGGCCAGGCUCCGGACUUUCCAGGAAGAAUGGUCCCGCUGCCCUCUGACCCCAAGCUGACUGUUUUCUCAGUUUCCCCAGGAGACCACCUUUCAGACUAACUGGGAAGAAAUGAAAUGUUCUUUUGUAUUUAAAUAAAUAAAUUGAAAAGGAA